CCACUACCACUCCCGCGCCGGUAUCCAGUCCCUCAUCAAAGUGCAUAACGUGAUCAACGGGAUAACGUGCACAAGGUACCACGUUAUCCCUAAGUACGUGAUUUUACGUAAGUUAAUUCGAUAGUUACUGUUUAUUGUUUUCAUGAAGAUAUCGAUGGCUGAUUGAACAAAUACGGGAAUGCUGAGAACUCAAUAUCGACGUUGGACAGACUGAUUGAAGAGGAUGUGAUUACAGUUGAGGAAACCGGGUGACUUGGUGGGAUAACGGAAACGGCGUUAGUCGCGUCAGUGCCGUUGGAAACGGCUGGAACGGGUGUGAAUUCAGUGGGGACACGGUGGUGUUACAGUCAAUACAAUGAUUGACCCAAGCUCCUCGGAGGAGGAGAGCGAUGAGGAUCAGAGCACUCAUCGCGGGGGUGGAGGCGGGGGUCGUGCUCCAAGUGGUCACGUCUCUCGUCAUCAUCCCGGCGGUGGUGGCAGUGGUCCUGGUGCUAAUGUAGGCAGCGGUCCUGGUGGUUUGACAGCAUCGCCUGGUGGUCACAGUCAAACAAGCAGCAUUGGCUCACCAAGUUUACAUGGUGGAAGUUUGCAUGGACCACAUGGACGUAAUAUAUCUGGCAGCCAAGGAGUUCAUGGUUCUGUUGGUGAUGCUGGGCCAGCUGGACUUGAUGUGCCAAAUUUAACAAGUGCUAGAAAUUCAUUGUCACCAUCUAUGGUUGCCACCCAGGAUGCUGCCAAUUAUGCAAAGUCGGCGCAAAGGCCCAUAAGCCCUUCGCCGUCGCUUGCAAGUGAAAAAACUGAAGCUGAGAUACACGAUAAGCAAGAGAGAGAAGAGGAGGAGAGGAAAACUCGUAUUCAGCUGUAUGUCUUUAUAUCAAGAUGUAUUGCUUAUCCAUUCAACGCCAAACAACCCACAGACAUGACCCGAAGACAAAUGAAAAUCACGAAACAACAACUAGAAACACUGUGUUCAAGAUUCCAGGCAUUUCUCAAGGGCGAGACUCAGAUAAUGGCUGACGAGGCAUUUCACAAUGCCAUACAGAAUUAUUUUGACGUAUUUUUGAAAUCAGAGAGAGUCGUGAGGAUGGUGCAGAGUGGUGCUUGUUCCCAGUACGACUUCCGCGAGGUGUUCAGGAACAACGUUGAAAAGCGUGUUCGCAGCCUCCCGGAAAUCGAUGGAGUGAGCAAAGAGACUGUACUUAAAUCAUGGCUGGCAAAGUUCGAUUGUAUAUUCAAAGGAACUGGUGAUGAAGACAGCAAGAGGCCAUCAAAGAUGCAACAACAAUCCCUGAAUUCCGAGUGUAUAUUGUCAAAAGAACAGCUCUACGAUAUGUUUCAACAAAUUCUUGGCAUUAAAAAAUUUGAGCAUCAGCUUCUGUUCAACGCCCUCCUGUUGGACUCAGCCGAUGAGCAGGCUGCCGCCAUCAGGAGGGAGCUGGACGGUCGCGUGACACGAGUAAACGAAAUGGAAAAGAAUCGUAAGCUCAUGCCGAAAUUUCUCCACAAGGAGAUGGAGUCGCUCUACAUCGAGGAGCUCAAGUCGUCUAUCAACCUAUUGAUGACCAAUCUGGAGUCAUUACCUGUCUCCAAGGGUUCGAUAGACAGCAAAUACGGGUUGCAGAAGCUGAAGCGCCGUAGUGACCGCUCCCGCUACCGCACCCAGAGCUCCCUCGCUAAAUUGGAGGGCGACUCCGCUGAUUCCGAUCCACAGUUGACUAAGAUGGAUGUUGGUUUGACAUUUCAACUCGAAGUUAUUGUUAUGGAGGUAAAGGGCCUCAAGAGUCUCCCCCCAAAUCGAAUUGUAUAUUGUACUAUGGAGGUUGAAGGUGGUGAGAAACUCCAGACAGAUCAGGCAGAAGCGUCUAAGCCCAUGUGGGAUACACAGGGUGAUUUUUCAACUAUGCAUCCAUUGCCAGUUGUAAAAGUACGUUUGUACAUGGAGAAUCAAGCAAUGUUAGCAUUGGAGGACAAAGAAAUUGGUAAAGUUAUCAUCAGACCAACGCCGUUAUCCUGCAAAGUGCCCGAGUGGCAUCGCAUGACCGUCCCAAAAAAUAAUCCUGAUCAGGAUUUACGUAUUAAGAUAGCAUGUCGUAUGGACAAACCCCUCAACAUGAAGCAUUGUGGCUAUUUAUAUGCCCUUGGCAAAUCAGUAUGGAAAAAAUGGAAGAAACGGUACUUCGUGCUGGUUCAGGUCUCGCAGUACACAUUUGCGAUGUGCUCAUAUAAAGAAAAAAAAAGUGAGCCGUCGGAAAUGAUGCAGCUGGAUGGCUAUGGAGUGGACUAUCUCGAAGCCGUUUCUGCUACUAUCGUGGUUGGUCAUGAUUUGGAAGGGGGAACAUUUUUUUUUAAUGCUCUACGAGACGGGGAUACCAUUGUAUUCGCAUGUGAGGAUGAGAAUGAGUGGCAUUUAUGGGUAAUGGCGAUGUACAGAGCAACGGGACAAUCACAUAAACCUACACCACCAGUCUCUGUUGCUGAUAAAAAUUCAACUAUUAGUAAGAUUCAAGGUGAUGCUGAUAGGGCUAAAAAACACGGCAUGGAAGACUUCAUAAGUGCUGAUCCCUGCAAAUUUGAUCAUGCCACGAUAUUCAACUUUCUACAGAACUUGACCCUGGAUUACAGACUCAAUGAUCCAUAUUGCUCGUUGGGAUGGUUCUCACCAGGUCAAGUAUUUGUUCUUGAUGAAUACUGUGCUAGAUAUGGCGUUCGUGGAUGCUUUCGACAUCUAUGCUACCUCAGUGAUCUACUUGAUCGUGCUGAGCGUGGAGUUAUGAUCGAUCCUACUUUAAUUCAUUAUAGUUUUGCAUUCUGUGCCUCCCACGUCCAUGGCACCCGGCCAGAUGGAGUUGGUUCAAUCACCCACGAGGAGAGGGAUAAAUUUCAAGAGAUCAAAGAACGCUUACGUCAACUCUUAGAGAAACAAAUAACUAAUUUCAGGUAUAGUUUUCCAUUCGGCCGUCCUGAGGGUGCAUUGAAAGCAACAUUAUCCCUGUUAGAACGUGUCCUGAUGAAAGACAUUGUUACACCAGUGCCAAUCGAGGAUGUUCGUAGCAUGAUUAAGUCGUGUUUGGAGACCGCAGCACUUGUCAAUUACGACAGGUUAUCAGCGGCUGCCAAAAUUGAGGAUGACUAUAAUGGAGAGGUCUGUGUACCUCCUGGAAAAAAAUUGGAUGAUCUCAUACGUCUCGCUGAACUAUGCGUCGAUUUGUUGCAGCAAAAUGAAGAACAUUAUUCGGAGGUAGCGUUCGCCUGGUUUAGCGACCUCCUGGUGGAGCAUGCCGAGAUCUUCUGGUCGUUAUUUGCCGUUGACAUGGACAAGGUACUAUCAGAACAGCCACCAGACACUUGGGACAGUUUUCCACUGUUUCAAAUAUUGAACGAUUAUCUCAGGAUGGACGAUAAUCUGAAGAAUGGCAGAUUCCACCAGCAUCUCAGGGAUUUAUUUUCACCAUUGGUGAAUCGUUAUGUCGAAUUAAUGGAGACAUCAAUAGCACAAUCGAUUCACAAGGGCUUUGAGAAGGAACGAUGGGAGGUAAAGGGCAAUGGAUGUGCUACAUCAGAGGAUCUAUUUUGGAAACUCGAUGCCCUACAAGCCUUUAUUGGUGGGUUACAUUGGCCGGACCAGGAUGUUCGAACACAAUUGGAACAACGUCUGAAGCAGAUGGCAUCGGAAAUGAUUGAACAGUGCAUAACAAAGACAGAUGCAGCAUUUCAAACUUGGCUUAAAAAAGGAGUUACAUUUAUAUCAACUGAUUAUAUUUUACCAUCGGAAAUGUGCGCUAUGGUGAACGUUAUCUUGGAUGCCAAAAAUCAGAGUUUUAAGCUUUGCACGGUUGAAGGAGUCGAUGUGCAUCAACUUCACUCGAAGAUGGACAAAACCAUCGAUAAACUAUUGGCGGACAUGACACAGGGCAUGGUCAACAAAUUAAUCGCAGUAUUGGAAGCAACAUUGUCCAAGUUAUCGCGUUAUGAUGAGGGUUCCUUCAUUGGUUCGAUUCUCAGUUUCACGAAGGUUUCAGGAAGCGGCAAGGAGAUGGGCCAGGCAUAUGUCAACUUUGCGAGAAACUCCAUGGACCAGAUUCGUAGCAAGAUUAUCGAUGAACUGUGGAUACUCAAUUUCUUUGAGCAAUGGUACACGGGAAAAAAUCAAUUGUUGUGCAACUGGUUAUCAGACAGACUCGAUCACAAUCUUCACUUGCAUCAGUGUACAUGUUUAGCACACAUUGUUAAGAAAGUGUAUACAGACUUUGAGCUGCAGGGUGUUAUCGAGGAGAAACUCAACUCGAAGACAUAUCAGACGGUAUUGCAGAGAAUGCAGACGGAGGAAGCAACUUGUGCCUUAACCAUGAGCUCUCAGAAUGACGAAGGUCUUUCGGAGAAUGGAAAUGACGACGAAGUUGAGAGACCAAAAAUGAAGAUGACGGUCGUCGAGUCGGGUGGCGAGGAUGCUAAUUCUCUUACUAAUCUCACCAAUAUUACAUCAAACGUUACUGCAAAAGUUGGAAGUAUGUUUGGAAAAGGAAUCGGUGGACUUUCUACCAAGUUCGGUGGCGCCAGCUGGUUUUAAACUUUGUGUUUGAAUAUUCGAUUACUUGAGCCAGUGGUAAGCAACUGAAUGGGCGAGAAAUUUACUAAAAACAAGGAGUGAGAGAAAAAAAAUUGAAAAGACCGAAUAAUAACAUGGAAUUUGCCUAAGACGUACCUUGAUGCACUCAUUUUCAUAAUUAAAGGGAAUUAACAUCAUUAAAUAAACUCCCGCAUCAGUUUGGAUUUAGAACUCAGGGCAUAGAGAAGUCGACGGGCAGGAAAAAAAAUCAGUUUGAAAGUAAAAUAGAUGGAAAAAGAAUUAAAAAUAACUAUGCAAUUAUUUUGAUUGAAACUAAUGAGGAAAGUUUUAGCUUCGUGGAUGGGGUGAAAAAGUGAGACUUGUUGUGCAAAUGAGAAGCGUAAAAAAUAGAGAUAAAAGACCAGGGAGAGGGAAAACAUCGAAGCAAGUUUCAGUUGCGACUACUUCGGAAAAGUGUAAUUACCUUUGAACAAAUGAAACUAACGAUCGAAGCACUGGAACACGUUUAGAAGCAAAAUAUGUAUAGAUAUAUAUGCAUAACCGUAUCUAUUACAUUGUCCAUGUAAUAGGCCAUGUAAUUUGAUGCAUUGAGACGCUAAAUGUCCGCCAAGUUGGACAAAUUAAUGAAAAAAUAACAAGAAAACGCCAUUAAUGUUAGUGUGAUUGUGGCGCGAUGAAUAAAUUCCCUAUCUAGCAUGUGUAAACGCAUUAUUCAAGUGGUUUAGAAAAAGAAAAAGUAUAUAUAUUGAUAAAAAUAGAAUCGAAUGAGUAUGCUGGAUUGCAAGAUAAUGGUCCACUUUGUUUUUCAAGAAAAAAAAAAAUGUUUCGACCUCAUCAACACGUACGAAAAAAAACGUUACAACGUGGAAUAGAGUAGGGGGCUUAUAAAAAAAAACAAAUUUGUUUGUAAAUAAAAGAAAAAAAAAGAUACAAAAAAAUUAGCGGGAACGUCAACAAAAAAUAACUAUCGAGAGUGAGAGAAUACUUUUUAUAUAAUAAUUAUAAAGCGCGCGUAUAUCGAAUUUGUGGCUGAGAUAUGUAAAACAGAGUGUGACAGAGUUUGCUUCGUCAUAGCUUUUAAUUUUAGGUGAAAAAAAAAAGAAGUAAUGUAUUAAACGAAUACCAAAGAGAUAUCUGACGAUUAAAAGACGUAUAAGGGAACCAUAAGAUAGAAAAUAAAUACGGAACAAAGUAAUGAGAAAUGUGCACCACACAGUUUAUAUAUGAUUCGUAAUAUUAAAAUGAAAAAUGUAUGGAAUUCGAAUUUUGAAUUUUCUAGAUGCCUGAGUAUUUUCUAGAAACUAUGAUUUUUCUUGAUAAAUUUAUCAAUACAAGUUUAGUUGUAUUAUUCAAUUCAUUUAUCAAUUACUUUAGGUUCGCAUACAGGGGAAUCUCUAUUGUAAUGUUGUACGGUGAGGGGAAAGGAAAAGUGAUGACAGAAAAAGUUAAUAAAUAAAGGCGUGUGUUGAUGUCGUAGCUUUGGAGUAAUAAUCUCCACGUGAAACGAGUAUGAUUUCGGCCUCACUCAAUUUAGAUGCAGAUGAAAAAACAAAAAUAACGAGACAUAAUCGGAGAUUCUUUAGACUCAUACAGAACUCCUAGACUGAAUCACGAUUCAAAACUGGCCUUUCGCAACGCACCGAUAGGUUGCUUUUCAAUUUACUUGUUUUCGAAGUGAAUAUACAAUUUAUCUGUUGGCAAAGGAAUUAGUGACGAAAAAAAUCAGAAUCAGAUUUCAUUAGAGAGGAAAAAUAAUAAACCAGUGAGACAAAAAAUAAACUAAACAAAAGCCCUUCUGACCAGAGUAUUUGUCACUCAAGUAUUAAAAUUGAAAUGGUUCCAAAGAGGGCUUCUGCAUAUUCGCAUUGGCCCUCUCUAAAACAAGAUAAUAAUUCUAGAUCAUUACGAUUAUCAUUUUUAAUUAAUCUUACUAUCGGUAAAAAAAAAAAUCUUUCUCUUAUAAUCUUUACAUAAUAGAUUAGAUCUAGGACGAUUACGUAACGAUCUCUUUCCGCUCUCCGACGAUACUAGUUCCUGCACUUGAAACGAACAAUUGAACAAGACAAAGUUCUAAAAAACGUAACUGAAACUUCUAUUUAUUCUUAUUCUCAUUGUUGCGUUAAUUGUGAAAUUAUAACUUGACUUUGAAACGAAAAAAAAUAUGAAAAAACAAAAAAAUAUAUUUAAAAGAAAAGCGUGGGGACUUCUUAUCUCCCAGGCAGUGUUCUAGCACAUUCAACUUCUAUUCAACUGUUGUUCUCUCGUUAAUAAAAAUCUGCGCAAAAUACGCAAAAAAA